AGGCGUAGUAGCAUAAAGUUUAGAAACCGCUGCCAUAAUGAAACAUUCACUGCGUAUAGCCGCAUGGAAUGCGAACGGACUUAGUCAUCACUAUCAUGAAAGACACACUUCACGAGUAAAAGCUACUUCAAAAUUCCCGAAUAUACAAUUUAUGACACAGCAGUUCUUAUAUAUUAUAAAAACGUUAAUCAAACAUUGCGAAUUCGAAGCAACAACGAUGACUCACCUGGAAAGAUCACAGGCUAAGAGGGUGCAAUUAGAAAUAAAGUUUAGAAAACUCUACUGGCUUCUAGGGAAAAAGUCAGAAUUAUCAGUGGAAAAUAAAUUAGUUAUAUACCACCAGUGUGGACGUAUGGUAUCCAAUUGUGGAGUGCGGCCAGUAAAUCGCAGAUACAAAUUGUACAAAGGUUCCAAUCAAAAUGCCUAAGAAAUAUUAUUAGGGCUCCACGGUUCGUCGGGAAUAAACAAAUACACGAAGAUCUUCAUAUAGAUAUGGUCGAGGAUACAAUACCAACAUUUAGUAGUGUAUACCAAGAUAGACGGAGUCACACACUAAGUGUCGAGUCAAACAACACUAAUAAGGACUUUAUUAAAAAAUCUUUAUUUUAUUAUAUGCAACUUACUAUACAUAUGACUUAAAUACAUAUGAUUGAAAUGAGUUUAUAGUCGCCUGUAUCACUAAAA